AUGCCAUCAGUAAUUCCAGACACCAAUCCUUCACUGGAGCAGGCCAAUCUCCAAGUGUUGAGUUUCUCAUCUCUUCUGAAUGGAGACAAAGAUGAGCAAGCCAGACUGCUUUCAGCAUGUGAAGAACUAGGCUUCUUUUACUUGGACUUACGUGAUUGGGAGUCGGGAAAGAUUCUGCAGGCUCUAGAUGCGGCAUGGCAAGUAAUGAAGCCCUGGUUUGACCAACCACUUGAAGAGAAAUUGAAGACAGAGACGAUAUCUGACGCCCACGGCUUCAAACCGCCAGGAGUGCAGUCUGGAGUCAACGAGAACACUCGUGACGGAUUCGAAGCCCUGAGAAUAAGCCGUGUUGGUCUUCUCGGCCGCAAGAAUCUUCCACCAGUGGUCCUCGAGAACCUUAAGCUGUUUGAGCAUUUCCAGCUCUCUGCCCACUAUGUGCUGAAGACCUUACUGGGUUGCCUAUCAGGCGCAGCUGGAAUUGACGGCAGUGAUCGUUUUGAAAGUUAUCAUCCAGAUGACCUACCGUCGAAAAGCACACUGUUCUUCCUGCACCAUCCUGUGAGCGAAGCCCUCGAAGACAAGUCAGCUCGGGGACACAACGCACACACAGACGUCGGCUCAUUCACACUUCUCUUCACCGAGCAGCCAGGCUUGCAAGUCUUGUCACCUAAGACCAAUGAGUGGGAAUACGUCGUUGCGAAGCCAGGGCACGCAAUUAUAAACAUUGCUGAUACCCUUCGCUUCAUGUCGAAGCGGCGAUUUAGAUCGGCAAUGCACCGUGUGCUGCCUCCGGGUGGUAAGAUGUCCGAAGAUAGAUAUUCCGCAGCCUACUUUCUUCGGGCUGGCGAUAGCGUCGUUUUCAAAGGCCUCAAUGGAGAAGAAGUGACGGCGGAGCAGUGGUUUCUUAGCAAGUAUAGUAGCUUCAACAAAACUAUGCAGGAGCAACGGCUGGAUUCCGUUGCGACUGGCGGCAUGGACAAGGACCUUGGUGUGUCAAUUUGA